AUGGCAACAAAGGCAGUGAUUAGAAGCAACAAAGGCUUGCGGACAAAGUACAGAAAUGCAUUGAAAAUUGAGCUGGGAAACGCCUCUGAGUUAUUGGGAAGUGAUGUAAGUGAAGUGGAUUUGUGUGAAUUAACAACAAAAGUGAGUAAGUGUAUAGAUUUUCUCGGAUUGUACUCCGCAAAAUUAGAUAAACAAAGAGAUAAAUUAUUGGAAAUGAUAGAUGAAAGUGAAGAAGAAUUCAUUGAAGAAGUAUUGAAUGAUGAUUUUGACUUGAGUGAAACAGUUGAAAAAGUGUGUAUUGAUUUGAAAUAUUUCAAAGAUGAUCUAAGAACAGCAGGUAAAACAGAAAGCAAGCCUUCUGAAGUUUUCACGGAUGAAAAAAUGUUCGAAAUACAAAAUCAAAUGAAAGAAUUCAUGUUAAAUCAACAGGCUCAGCAAAAAGAGUUUAUAGAGAAACAAAUUAAACGCGACACUGAUAAAACGUCUGUCAAGUUACCGAAAUUGGAUCUUGUUUCAUUUGGUGGAAAUAAAAUUAAAUGGCUUGAAUUCUGGGAUUCGUUUGAAUGCACGGUUCAUAGUAACAAGAGGUUGUCUGAUAUAGAGAAGUUUACUUAUCUUCAAAGCAAGCUGUUUGGAGAAGCAAAGAGUGCAAUAUCGGGACUACCAUUAACCAAUGCAAAUUAUCAUGUCGCUUUAUCAUUGUUGAAAGAGAGAUUCGGGAAUGCACAGGAAGUUGUAGACUUGCAUUACUCUAAGUUAGUGAAUCUGACUCCUCCGAUGAACAAAACAUCAAGUCUACGUGUGUUCUUAGACCAAGUAGAAAAACAUUUAAGAAGUCUUGAAGUGCUUGGAAAAGAUGUGCAACAGGAAGUAUUUGUGUCAAUUAUUAAGUCAAAACUACCAAAGGAGGUGCUGUUACAGCUUGAAAUACAAAAAGGGACAACAAAAGAAUGGACUUUAAUAUUCUUGAGAGAACGAAUAAAUCAAUAUAUAGUUGCUCGUGAGCGAACAGAUCAAGAUGAUAAAAGAAGCACACAGCAUGACAAAGCUCCUCCUAUCAACAGAUAUAGACAAAACACGAAUGACAUAGCUGAUAAAACCCUUUACAAGACCAAAUUCAGCAGUGCAAGUAGUUCCGGAUACAGGAAGUCUAGUAGCGAAAUGUUACUGGCUCAAGAUAGAAAAGCGGAAGUGAAAUAUUCAGCUAGACAGUGUAGAUACUGUGAACAGAUGCAUUGGAGCGACGAGUGCCCAAAUUACCGAACAAUUGAAGAAAGAAAACAGAGAAUAAAAGGCAGUUGCUUCAAGUGUUUGAGAAAUAAUCAUAUUGCAAAAGAUUGCAAACGGAACAAAGUUUGUGUUUACUGUGGAGAAAAAGACAGCCACCACAGGAGUCUUUGUCCUCGGACAAUUGUUUCAAAGUCCUUAAAUGAAAGUGCACAUUUGUCAAAUGAGAAGUUUCAGGACGAUAAAGAGCAGGAAUGUGUUGAAGAGAAUGCUUUGAUAUCUGGUGAUGAAAUGGUGCUCAUGCAAACGGCUAGGACAAAUGUGAGAAAUAAAACUGGUGUAUGUGAAAAAGAGAUAAGACUUCUGUUUGAUUCAGGAUCUCACAGGACGUACGUAACUGAGAAAUUGGCAAAAGAGUUAGGCCUUGAAAAAAAGAGAAAUGCAUGA